AUGUCGUCCCAUCACACCGGCACCCACAGCAACACCGGCACCCAUAGCAACACCGACACCAACACCAACACCAGCAACGACACGGUGCGCUUUUCGAGCUUCGACGUGACCUCGCAAGUCUUUUACCGAUCGUCGUGCGGUCAGAUUGUCGGUCUGGUCAACCUGAAACCCAUCGUACCGGGCCACGUCCUCGUGAUCCCCACGGUACCCUACCACCGUCUGAAGGAGGUACCGCCGCACCUCGUCGGCCUCCUGUUUACGGCUGUGCAGCAAGUGGCCACCGCGCUCGAAGACGUCUUUGGCGCCGAGGCCGUGACGAUCAGCGUGCAGGAUGGCCAGGCCGCCGGCCAGACUGUCGCGCACCUCCACGUUCACGUCCUCCCGAGGCGCACGGGCGAUUUCGUGGAAAACGACCGGGUGUACGAGCAUCUCGAGGCGUGGGGGUUCGACCGGGGCCGAGGCGAUGGCGACGGCGACGGCGAUGGGGUCAAGACGGAGGAUGGCCGCGGUGUAGACGCCGACGAGGUGCGCAAGCCGCGGACCCGAGCGCAGAUGGAGAGCGAGGCGCGGUACCUCGCUGCCUUCUUUGCCGAUGGCGUCUACGUGGCGCCGCGAGACCGAGAUUGA